AUGGCUCGGGAACUUUGUCGUGGGAGGAAUUCUGUCUGGUAUCUAAACGACGACAAGGUCAAGGCCUAUUUUCAGUCGCUCGACCUCGAGAUAUCCCAGGCUCACAUGCUCUUCACGCUUCUGGACACAGACGGAGACGACGAAGUCGGCAUCGACGAGUUCAUCGAUGGCUGUAUGACCUUGAAAGGGCAUGCUAGGACCAUCGACGUCAAGUUUCUGGCGCAACAGGUUCAGAUCGGAUUAGAGGAAAUGACCAGACGGGUGAACGACAAAUUUGACCGGCUUGCGGGUGGCGAACCUGCGUCGCGCAGGAACAGCCGCGUGAACGUGAGACGGAAUUCCGUGUCCCAGCCUCCCGCGCAGCGCAGCGAGAGCACGUGA